AUGACAAGGGAUGGCGGUGGGCUACCUCACGACAAAAAGCGAAGCGCUACGACCGCUACGGAGGCCGCUCUUGCUGGUGCUGUAUCCGGAGGUGUAACUCGACUCGUGGCCGCACCUUUUGACCUCUUGAAGAUCCGCUUCCAAGUACAACCUACACCCCGUUUUACUAACAAACCAGUCAAGCUUCAGUACGAUGGACUAUUGCAAGCUGUACGUAGCAUCUACGCUGAAGAGGGUGUACGCACUUUCUGGCGUGGAAAUUUAGCGGCUUCGGCGCUCUGGGUGGGCUACUCAGCACUGCAGUUUGCUACGUAUCGCACACUUACACGCUGCUGGGAGCAAGAUCAAGAUAGUACAGCUGCAGCUACUCCACCGUUUCGAGUCAGUGCUUUGAAUGGAGCUAUCGCUGGUGUCACUGCAGCUGUUGCUACGUAUCCUCUUGACCUCUUCCGCACGGCGUUUGCCAGCCAGGGGAUGCCCAAACGGUUCCCGACGAUGCGCAGCUUGGCAAUGCACAUUUGGACUUCACAAGGUGUUCGUGGGUUUUACAGUGGGCUGGGUGCGACGACGUUUCAAAUUGCACCAUACAUGGGGCUGAGUUUCAGUAUCUACUCAACGCUGAACGAAGUGGCAUCAAAACAUCGCAGCAAGAAAGAGAGUGGUGCUAUAAAUACAUGGACAUCAUUGUCAAGAGCCCUAUCGUACGUUGGAAGCGGUGCUGUGGCUGGACUGUUGUCGAAGCUGGCAGUGUAUCCUCUGGAUACAGUCAAGAAACGGAUGCAGAUGCGUCACGUGCCGCGCUCCGAAGCGUACGGAGUUAUUCCAAUGUAUUCUUCCAGCUGGAGAUGCUUCGUAGACGUGUUACAGCGGGAAGGUGUUCGUGGUCUGUACAAGGGCACAGUGCCGAGCCUGCUUAAGUCCGUUGUCUCCGCCAGUGCGACGUUUGCGACAUAUGAGCUCACGCUUGAGGUGUUGCAGCACACAUCCUUUCGUAGAGACAGCACGGAAUGGACAGAGGACUAG